AUGCAUUACUAUCUCUCGACUCUCGUCGCUGUGCUUGCAGCUAGCACUGUUCAAGCUUCGGCCGAUAUUGUAUCUGGUGCCACAUGGACUGCGACCAACACCGGCGAGCAUGUCCAAGCACACGGACACGGCUUGAUCGAAGUUGAUGGUACUUACUACAUGAUCGGCGAAGACAAAACCGACGGCACCUUCUUCCAGAACGUCAACUGCUACUCAUCCACUGAUCUCGUCGAAUGGACAUACCGCGGUGCCCUUUUAUCCCGCACCACUGAGGCGGGUGAUCUUGGACCCAACCGUAUUGUCGAAAGACCCAAGGUCAUUUACAACGAUGAGACGGGCAAAUACGUUUUGUAUCUGCACAUCGACAGCUCAGACUACAAAGAUGCUCGAGUCGGCGUAGCUACAGGUGAUAGUGUUUGUGGAAAGUAUACCUAUCAUCGCAGCUUCCGGCCACUUGGUAAGCAGAGUCGUGAUAUGGGUCUUUUCAAGGAUGAUGAUGGAUCUGCCUAUCUUAUGACUGAGGAUCGCGAGUUUGGAACAAGAAUCAUGGCCUUGUCGGAUGACUAUCUCAACGUUACCGAAAUCACAUAUGAAUGGCAAUACUUUGCUGAGUCACCUGCUAUGCUGAAGCAGAAUGGCUACUACUUUAUCUUUGGGUCUCAUCUGACUGGAUGGAAUGCGAAUGACAACGUUUACAGCUACGCCAAGUCUUUGUCUGGCCCAUGGUCAGAGUGGACCGAGUUUGCACCCAUCGGAUCAAAGACCUUCCAGAGUCAAGUUAGCUACAUCCAACCCUUAGGCAACGGCAAUGCUAUCUACAUCGGCGACCGCUGGGUUUCCACCAACCUUGUCGCUAGUACCUACGUCUGGUUACCACUCAAAGUAGACGGAACAAAGGUCACACUCGAUUGGUACGACUCUUGGGCACCAGAUGUCUCAAAGGGCACAUGGUCCGAAACAAAGACGACGAAACUCGAAGGAGAAAACGCUGAUAUGGGCAAUGACGCGAGGAUCAUCUCUUGCAAUGAGUGCAGCGGCGACAAAGCCGUUGGAUACAUCGGUGGUGACAAGAAGGGUACUCUCACGUUCAAGAACAUCAAGAGCUCAGGUGGUUUGAGCACCAUCAACAUCAAGUACCGAAAUGGUGACACCGGAUCUCGUUACGCAACGGUUUCUGUCAAUGGAGAGUCGCAGAAGCUUGCGUUUCUAUCGACGAGGCAUCUCUCUGAGACGGGACUGAGCCGUGGAUUCUUUGAUCUUGAAGAUGGGGACAACACUAUUGUCAUUUCCAAUGAUGAUGGUUGGGGUCCUGAUGUUGAUGCUUUACUAUCACCAUCAGCAUAG